AAAUCGUCACACUUGAGCAAGGUAGCUGAAAAAGAGAUUGCUGAAGAUGAUGAUAAACAGGAAGAAUGGGUCUCUGAAGCUUAUGACGUUAAAAUUGGUGAAAAGAAGCAGGAUGAAGUUCCUGAUAUUGGAACCAGUGAACGGCAUUAUGAGCAGGGGAAAGAAAACACUGAGAAACUAGAAGUUAUGGUUGAUCCACUUCAUGCCAUGUUAAUUGACAUGAUUCCUAGCCUUGGAAUGAAGAGAGAGGAAACUAUGAACCCGAUUUUGGAUCGUGAAAAGCCCUCUGUUGAUCCUGCUGUGCAGCCUACUAAGAAAAAGAAAGUCAGCUACAAGGAUAUUGUUGGAGUGUUCAAGGAUUAAUAAGAAUGGCGUUAUCUAUUUUUUUUAAUGUGUUGCAACUUUUGCAAAUAGUUGUAAUUAGGGUUUAAAAUGUCAAAUUUUAUUUGAUGUAGCUUUACCGCACAAGUUUGAUGAAUAGGAUGUGUUCUCUUGCCUACAUUCUUGGUAAUGCACCUUGUUUAGUGCUUUAUAUCGUUGCUCAAUCAAACACUGUGAAGGAAUAGGACUUAAAACCUUAGUUAUUGUAAUCAAGAUCUCUUUUUUGUUGUGUUUUCUAAUAAAUUCUUCAUGUAUUAUUAAUAGAUUCAAGGUUUUA